GGUCAACUGGCUAGAUAAGAAAUUCGUAGUCCAAAGCAGGACGCCUGUUACAAUGUUGUGGGUAGUUGCUUUAGGUCUUUUGGGGACACUUUGGCGGGUUGAUGCUAGGGUGCUUAGCAAGGACCAAGCUGAAACCCUUCAUACCGUCCAUAAACGUUUUAGUGUUUGCUAUGACGAUCUUGGGUGCUACAGUACCGGAAGUCCUUUCUGGAGUAUCCACAGGCCUAUAAAUUUUCUUCCUCAAACUCCACAGAAGAUCAACACGAGAUUCUUUCUAUACACAAGAUCUAACAAGGCCCAUUACUCUCAGCUCAUCGCCAACCACUACAGCAGCAUUACUAAUUCCCACUUUGAUCGGAGCAAGGACACUAAAAUUAUAUCUCACGGUUUUCUGGAAAAUGGUUUCGUAGCCUGGAUGAGGAAUAUGAAAGACGAGUUUUUGAAGUCGGAAGAUUUAAACGUUAUUUUGGUUGACUGGGGCGGUGGAUCUGCUUUCCCUUACACACAGGCCACAGCAAAUACGCAAGUUGUCGGGGCAGAAAUAGCCAAGCUAAUCUCCGUCUUAAAGAAAAUUUCCAAUGCGGAUCCAACAAAGAUUCAUAUUAUUGGACACAGCUUGGGAGCUCACAUUGCAGGUUACGCCGGAGAGAGGACACCAAACCUCGGGAGAAUUACAGGUCUUGAUCCUGCGGGUCCCUACUUCGAGAACACUGACAAGGUCGUUCGCUUGGAUCCCACUGACGCCAUUUUUGUUGACGCUCUCCAUACAGACGCCGAGAGUUUGGUUCCAAACAUUGGAUUCGGAAUGAUGGAACCUGUAGGUCACGUGGACUUUUACCCAAAUGGAGGUAAAGACCAACCCGGAUGUAAUACUGAUCCUUUGACACACAUACAAAUACAGGGAGGAAUCUACGAUGGUACCAAACAGUUUAUCGCUUGCAACCACCUCAGAGCUUACGAGUAUUUCACAGAAUCCAUCAACAGUGUCUGUCCAUUUGAAGCUUAUAGUUGUGAUUCUUAUGAUCAUUUUAAGGAUGGAACGUGUCACUUGGAUUGUUCCGUUGCUGGUAAUUGUGGAAAGAUGGGAUACCACGCUGGCGAGUUAAAAUCAGUGAAAAGCGCAGUCGGUAAAAAGUACUUCUUAAAAACAACAACACGUGAUCCAUAUUGUGAGUACCACUACGUAAUCCGUGUUACCUUGGGUCAUCCUUCUGGAUCCCAUGAAUGGCGUGGGGAACUUAAGGCCAAUAUCCAUGGCACAAACGGACAACUUGGUCAAAGAACUGUAACCGAAGAUUAUGUUUAUUUCCAACCUGGCAAGAGUUAUUCUUACGUCAUCGCAAUACCUCAUAGCAUUGGUGACAUCAAAGACGUCUCGCUUCAAUGGGCUCACCACGGGUUGAGCGUGAACCCGUUCCAGUGGAAUCUAUUCAACCUUCGCCAUCCAAAGCUUUAUUUCGAAAGAGUAGAGGUGGUUUCAGGUGGCACUCAUCAAAAAGUUGCCUUCUGUAGCACCGUAGGGACAGAAAGCGGAACUCAGAGAAUCAUCAACACGAAAUGCUAACUAAAAAAUUUUAUAUAUUUA